ACGCUCCAACUGGACCAUCGAAGCAGUCUCGUGUUGUCCGUGCCUAUAAAGCUAGGUUUAAUCGACCGUGGACGUUCUUUCCCCAAUUAAUGCUCACAUUCACGUAACACGUUUUAAAGCGAAAAUUCCAACCGGGACUAAAAUGUGUUUAACCUAAAUAUAUUUAUUUGCCGGAAUACGAAACGGACAUUUAAUCCCCGUUAACGGUCAGAUAGGUGUUAGCUCCCAAGCUAAACAUCGAAUGUAAUUUGCUUUGUACUACAACUGCUGUGUGCUAUUUACUGUACUAUUUGUACUCAUUUGAGGUGACUAAAAAUGUUACUUUGAACGUAGCACGGUAGGGGAGCAGGCUGCUCCUCGAAGAGGAACGCACCAGCCAUACUGUUGAGAGAGAGUUGAAUGAAAAAGAAUGGAUCCAGUUUACAAGACAAACAUUCACAUUGCAGCGAACGCUCCCCGUAGUUUUGAUAGCAAUGAUGCAGAAACUUUGCACUCUGGUGGGGAACGUUCGAAGUCUGGUCCAGAGCUGACGAGAAAAAGGAUUUUGCUUCGACACAUCGAGGAACACCUUUUUGGAAAGAAAGAUGCUAUUGCUCCGAAGAAGAUGAAACCGAUUGAGAAGGAACAACCAGGACCAGAUUGUGUAGCCACAACUCUCAGGGACAGAGUAACUACAUUUUUGCAGCAGCAACAAUGUCCCAGCUUUGUGUUAAAGUGCAAUAUGUUUAAGCCACCUGUUGCAAGAGAGGCUCCAAUCCGCAGAUCAGAUCAAGAAUUGCUGGAAGACCAUCACCCUCUGAAGCGACGAGUGAAAGCUCUGCUGAAUCAUAUACACGGUCAUCCCAGUGUCUUUUUAUCAAACCACCCGGUUCCUGAUCACACGGCCAUUAGACCUCUUGCUGCACAAUUAUUUCCCAGACCACCACCUAUUGCAACGCCUCCUCCCAGUUCAAGUGUUACUUCACCAGACCAAAAGGAGAGUGACACCAACAAAGGCUUUGAGUGCUUCCUAAGCUUGCUCAACAGUGGAGUCAACAUCGAACUGCUAAGUAAGAUUGUCAACGAUGACCGCGAAGAUAUCCGUUCAGAAGACGGGUCCGUGAACAUUAAGCCCAGUGAUGUCGACGCUGGCGCGGGGGAGGGGGAAGGGGAGUCGGCGGGGACCUCGCAAGAGGUUUCCCCGGUUCCCCAAUGGCGCCCCAUGGAUGAUUUUCCACUCAAGCAGUCUCGAGAUGACACUCUACGCGCGACGUGGGACCAAGUGAUAUCAAUUGAUGGGCAGCUGGUUCGCCCGGGGAUAGAGCGGCAUUUCCCUCACUUUGCAAUAAUUAGGGACAGAUUAUACAGAGUGAGUCGUGACACUCAGACAGGAGAGGAAAUGACCCAAUUGCUGGCGCCAAAAAGCCGUCGGGUAAUGAUUUUCCAGGCAGCACAUUUCAACCCAAUGGCCGGUCACAUGGGGUAUAAUAAAACACUCAACCGGGUAAUGGCCCGUUUCUAUUGGCCACGCAUCCGGGCAGACUUACGCCGCUGGUGCGGGGCUUGCCCGGACUGUCAACUAGUCAACCUAGCGACCACCCCUAGGACGCCUUCGCGGCCAUUGCCACUCAUAGAAGUCCCAUUUGAGCGAAUUGGCAUGGACCUCGUCGGACCAUUUCACUCAAGCGCCCAGGGAUAUCGCUUUGCGCUAGUCCUGGUGGAUUACGCAACGCGCUAUCCCGAAGCAGUACCGCUGCGCUCCAUCUCUGCAAAGAGUGUCGCGCAGGCGCUGUUUCAAGUUAUGUCCCGAGUCGGAAUCCCGAAAGAGAUUCUGACUGACCAGGACACGUCCUUUAUGUCACACACGAUAAAGGAGCUGUGCGGAUUAUUGGGUAUCAAAUCCAUUCGGACCAGCGUUUACCACCCGCAGACUGAUGGGCUGGUAGAGCGGCUGAAUAGAACCUUGAAAUCCGUGAUCCGGAAGUUUGUACACGAGGACAAACCAAAUUGGCAUAAAUGGUUGGAUCCCCUGUUAUUUGCAGUGCGGGAGGUUCCUCAGGCCUCCACAGGGUUUUCCCCAUUUGAACUGUUGUUCGGCAGGAAGCCGCGUGGGGUGCUGGACCUAGUUAAAGAAAGCUGGGAGGAGGGUCCAAGCCCCAGUAAAAAGGAAAUUCAAUACGUCAUGGACUUGAGAGCAAAACUUCACACAUUGGGGCACUUGUCACGUGAGAAUUUGCUCCAAGCCCAAGAACGUCAGCAGCGCCUGUAUAACAUGGGGACGCAACACAGACAAUUUUCACCGGGAGAGAAGGUACUUGCAUUACUCCCAACGUCCAGCUCCAAAUUACUCGUCCAGUGGCAAGGACCCUUUGUGGUCACACGACGAGUAGGUGACGUGGAUUAUGAGGUCAGGCGGUCUGACCGGGGCGGGGCAACACAAAUAUACCACCUCAACCUCCUAAAAGGAUGGAGGGAGGCGGAGCCUGUCUCCAUGGUAACGGCAAUAGCGGAGAGCGAGGAGCUGGGUCCGGAGGUUUCCCCCUCCCCGCGGCCCUUCCCUCUCUGCUGUGAUAAUCAUCUCACGCCGUCACAGAGAGCAGAUGUGGCCACUUUGCCGCAGCGUUUUGCUGACGUGUUCUCCCCCAUGCCAGGCCACACGAACCUCACCCAGCAUCACAUAGAGACCAGCCCAGGCAUGACGGGUAGGUCUCGGCCCUAUAGGCUACCCGAGCACAAGCGCAAAGUAGUUCGGGAGGAAUUAAAGGGCGUUUUAGAUGUUCCUAUUGGCAGUGAGAACCACGAAAGUAACAAUUAUACUCUGAUACCAGAGGGAACAGAGCGGUACACUUAUGAACAGUACAGUACUGAUGCACCAGUACAGAGGAUUGCUGGCAACAACCAAGAUCUGCAAACCUUUGAUGAAACCCAUCACGCACAUUCCAGCCAGGAGUGUAGUACUGUUUCAGGUUACAGUUUGCUUGAGCAUUCUCAAUUCAAUGCUUCUUUUAACGGUGACAACCGUUCUUGCUGGACACACGCUCAUGGUUCCAGUUCCAUGUUCUCUUUUCCUUACUCAUUGUAUACAGACCACUCCCACCCCUCAAUUGCUGCCACAGACUCUGAAUUACGGCACUAUAUCUACCACUCCCAUGAACAAGACCUCUCUUUGAGCGAAUGUCAGUUUGGCUCAAACACUGGCCCGGGUUGCCUGCAAACAGUCGAACUGUCACACCGUAGUGGUAAAUUAAAAGCUAAAAAAAAGAAAAGAAAAAGCUACAACUGUCAAUGAGAAGUAGUGAAAGUAUACUAAAACAAAACUGACAAGUGACCUUCCGAAGAUGAUGGAGCCUCCGCAUGGCAUGAAACACCAAGAGGUUGAUAAAAAAAAAUAGUGCUGACUUUGCACUUCAUAAUAGCACUAUUAACCAGUAAUUUUAAACAUUUAACUCAUUCCUUUACAGAAUAAACGCAUUUGAAAAAACAAGUGCAACUGUACUUAUUUGCACAAAAGUGUUAACAUUGUAUUUCCAUGGCAUAUUGCAUUGUAACUAUACUUGCCAACCCUCCCGUAUUUUUCAGGAGACUCCCGAAAUUCAGCGCCUCUCCCGAAAACCUCCCGGGACAAAUAUUCUCCCAAAAAUCUCUUGAUUUUCAGCCGGAGCUGGAGGCCACGCCCCCUCCAGCUCCAUGCAGACCUGAGUGACUUGUCGACAGCCUGUUUUCACGUCCGCUCUCCCACGAUAUAAACAGCGUGCCUGCCCAAUCACGUUAUAACAUCUACGGCUUUUAGAGAGCGCACAACUGCGCACAAAACAGGGAGACGACGCAGAAGAACGAGGAAGAUACAGCCAUGGUGACGCCAACGACGAGUAAGAUGAAGAAAUACGCUUGUAAGUUCCAAGCAGCAGCUGCAAUUAGACCUGAUAGCCUCCGGGAAAAAGUAGUGGAGUACCAAGUGCUUGGCACAACGUUCCCUCUAAGGUGCGCGCCUGCGCAAUUGCGCAAUGCUCAAGCGUCCUCUGCGCACAGCAAAUACAUGCCGCGCACCAAAUCAAACCCAUCUGAAUUCUAAACAAAAUAAACACAUUUAUUCUGUGUAAUUUUGCAAUGCAACUCUGAGUGACAGUGACAACAAGCGGCCCUAACGGUGUUCGUCAACACCGUUCAAUUGAACACCGUUCAAUUAUUGUAACGUUUAUCGAGAUGUUUCAAGGACACGAAUUAUAUCGAUCACUUUAUUGAGCAACACUGUUUAUAUUCGGCCAUAACCACACCAAAAACAUGAUUAAAAAACUGCUAUCUCGAAAAACUAGUCAUUUUCUGCCGUACAAACCAGGCCAAAACCAACUUGUCAUCGGUCACCAACACGCAUAGCACUAAGCCACUGGUGCGUUUAUGGCCACACAAAAAGUCGGACAACUCUAACACCACACAAAGUUACACUAUGACUCCUCAGUCAUACGUGUGCUUAUUCUACUGUCAUUUAUUAUUAAUGUUAAUUUGUUUAUAUUAAUCAUGGAAUGCUGUUAAUAGAGAAAGUUACAGGAAUUCAUCCUAUGCUUACAUUUCAUUGUGCAACAUGAGGAUGUUUAAGGGGAACUAAAUGUGAUCUCUGAAAGGGGUACAAAUGAUUUUCAAAGCAGGACCCCCACCCAGACAUAUUGUACAAUACUAAUCCAUAGUUUAUGAAAAACAAGUUUUAUUUUAUUUUCAUUACAAGUGGGCCAAAUCACUAAUAUUACUAAAUAAUCUCAUGAAAAUGACUGCUCUCAUUUGAGUGUUAUAAUAAAAGAUUGGUUUGAGACAGGUGUGCUGCUGGUAUUGCCACGUGUGAUGUUGCUCACAUGUGCUCGACUGAAUGCUCAGGGAGUUUUUGUGUUUGCUCACACACAUGAACAAUUAGAGGGAACAAGUUGGCAUUGAAGAUCUUCCUCAGGAAGCAAGGAUUGACCGGUUUUGGGCCAUGCUAGGGAGAGAUGGAAGAUUCCAGACUAGUGCAUUUGAUGAAAGCACUUUUGUGCGUGCCACACAGCAAUGCAUCAUCGGAGAGGGUGUUCAUUAUGGUUAGAAAAAUAGUGACAGAGAAUAGAACAAGGAUGGACAAUUCAACCCUUAACUCCUUUCCUGCAAAUUAAAUUUCACAGAUGCUGCCCAUACCUAUGCUCCUCCAAAAGCUGUGCUUCUGGCUGCAAAGCAUUGCACUUUCAAGUGCAACAAUGAGUAGAUGAGUGUUGUGU